AUGGCUCCCAUUAUCCACCUUGUCCGUCAUGCUGAAGGAUACCACAACGCCUGCGACUGGGGCGAGAAAAUCCACGAUCCGUUCUUGACGGAUAAGGGGAAGGGACAAUGUGAAGAGCUUUGCAGGAAAUUCACCCAGCAUGACGAGAUCGAUCUUCUCGUGGCCUCCCCUCUCAAACGCACCAUUCAAACCUGCCAAAUCGUCUUCGCACCCGUUGUGGAACGCGGACAGAAAAUCCUUUUGAUGCCUUUGGCGGAAGAGACCUCCGAUGAACCCAUGGACACAGGCUCGGAUGAGCCCACUCUGCGCGAAGCCUACGGCGACUUGAUCGACACAUCGCUCCUCAAGGAGCACCCAGGCUGGAAUUCGAACUCUGACGCUUUCACUCCUGAUACACCUUCGCUUAUCGACCGAGCGGCGAAAUUGCGGGAAUGGCUGAGGAAGCGGCCGGAGAAGAAUAUCGCAGUGGUAUCGCACGGGUCGUUUGCGCACUUUAUCGUGGGCAAUAUCGAUCAUCAGGGCGAGCAGAUUACCAGGAUGUGGGAUAAUGCUGAGUGUAGGAGUUAUGCGUUUUUGUCGGAUGAGGACGAUGUUUGCCAGUUGAGGGAGCUGGAUGAGUCGAAGGCUGGGAGGAGAGAUUUGGAGAAGAAAGGAGAGGGAUAUGUGCUUUGCGUGGAGGGUGGGAGGAGAGGGUCGGCCGGGAGUCCGAUCAGUGCUUGA